CCGAGGCUGCAGGUGAGCGCGCGCACGUGCCGCGGCUGCGGCCCUGCUCGGUGCACGAGCACCGGGCCGCGCGCGUGCCCGCAGGGAGGCAGCGGAGAAGAGCGGCUGCGGACGCAGUGGGAUUGAUUGUGCUCCGCCCUCUCCUCACCGCGGCCGCCGCCGCCCCCGAGCCUCGCUGGGAGGGACUCGUGUCCCCGCCUGCUGCACUGGCAGUCCGACCCUCAGGCCGCCGCGGAGCAGCCGGCCCAGCGCUGCGCGGACCUCAGCAGGUGCGGUGACGAGGCGCGGUGCGGCGCUUCGAGUCCCGAGCCCGCGCUCCGCGGCCCCGCUGCCCGCGCUCCCGAGGGCCGGCCGCCGCCGGCCGGACACUCAGCAUGAACCGCGGCCACCGGCACGGGGUGAGCAGCGGCUGCCUGGGCACCAUGGAGGUGAAGAGCAAGUUUGGAGCUGAGUUUCGCCGGUUUUCACUGGAAAGAUCCAAGCCUGGAAAAUUUGAGGAGUUUUAUGGACUGCUGCAACACGUUCACAAGAUCCCCAAUGUCGACGUGCUGGUGGGCUACGCAGACAUCCACGGGGACCUGCUGCCCAUAAACAAUGACGACAACUACCACAAGGCGGUUUCCACCGCCAAUCCACUGCUCAGGAUUUUUAUACAGAAGAAGGAGGAAGCCGACUACAGCGCCUUCGGCACCGACACCCUCAUCAGGAAGAAGAACGUGCUGAGCAACGUGCUGCGGCCCGACAACCACAGGAAGAAGCCUCACAUCGUCAUCAGCAUGCCGCAGGACUUCCGGCCUGUGUCCUCCAUCAUCGACGUGGACAUCCUCCCGGAGACGCACCGCAGGGUCCGGCUGUACAAGUACGGCACGGAGAAGCCCCUGGGCUUCUACAUCCGGGACGGCUCCAGCGUCCGGGUGACCCCGCACGGCUUAGAGAAGGUCCCCGGGAUCUUCAUCUCCAGGCUCGUCCCCGGCGGGCUGGCCCAGAGCACCGGUCUGCUGGCCGUCAACGACGAGGUCUUGGAAGUGAAUGGCAUAGAGGUGUCGGGGAAGAGCCUGGACCAGGUGACUGACAUGAUGAUAGCCAACAGCCGCAACCUCAUCAUCACCGUGCGGCCGGCCAACCAGAGGAACAACGUGGUGCGCAACAGUCGGACUUCGGGCAGCUCCAGCCAGUCCACCGACAACAGCCUCCUGGGCUACCCCCAGCAGGCAGAGGCCAGCUUCGAGCCCGAGGACCAGGACAGCGAUGAGGACGACAUCAUCAUCGAAGACAGUGGGGAGCCACAGCAGAUCCCGAAGGCCACCCCCGACGCCCAGAGCCUGGAGUCGCUGACGCAGAUCGAGCUCAGCUUUGAGUCGGGACAGAACGGGUUCUCCGCGCCCCAGGACACGAGCCUGGUGCCCGUGUCCAGCAGCCCGGACACGGAGCCCGCCAGCAGGGCUCCGGACCAGAAACUCUUAGAGGAAGACGGAACCAUCAUAACGUUGUGAGCAGCCAGGUUGUUUCCUGAGUGAGGGUAUGAGGAGCACUGGAAGUGUGGGCACAUGAUGGAUGGAUGGACGGACGGACGGACGGAUGGACGGACGGACGCUUGGGCCUCUCUGGGCCGCAAGUGUGGCUGGGUGGGUGGGUGGCGGCCACUGUGACCUGAGGCCUUAGCCACAGGGCAGAUGCUCCUCUCUGACACAGACCUGCCUGAGCAGUGCUGAGGUGCCUGGUCCCCUGCCCGCACAGCCCACCCCUUGCCCUCUGUGAGUCUGAUGUCUGUUAGACACUGGGAACCUUGGUUCUUAGAUUCCAGCGCUGAUGUUUGCUGACUUUAAAGUGUUCCUCUGUUAACUGUGACGACGCAUUAUUUUUUCAUGCGCAGGUUUUGUUGUCUUCCUGUUUUCUAAGACUUUAGCUGGCCAUGUUUAGGGGUGACGCUCCCCAGCCCCAGAGCAGCCCCUGGUGUCCCCACCCUGGGGCUGUACAGCUGCAGGGUGCCGCAGUUCUUCAUCCCAGUCCACUGAAGAUUAUCUCAGUGUGUGUGUGUGUGUGUGUGUGAGAGAGAGAGAGAUGCAGCACAGCACAGUUAGUUGGCUCCCACACUCUUUCAGUGUAUCAGACAGUGUGGAUCAUUGGAUAAAAAGGCCCCCAGGUUGAGAGACUUACACACAAUGCAAAUGUGCACUUUUUUUUUAAUUCUAAAAACAGAGUUUUCUUCUGGGGAUUCUAGGGUGCUGCCUGCAUUGGGGGAAACUCGUGUCAAGUCCACCACUCACAGGGGUGGUGAGUCUUCGAGUCUAUUUAUUCUUAUUCUGUCCUGUGUGUCCAUUCAGGACGAGGUAACUGCAGUCGUCUUCCCUUACCUGGUCCCCUCCUGUCACAUGUGGUCGGCGAGACCCACAUGUGUGGCUCCGACCACCCGGAGGCCCCGAGGUGGACACUUAUUUAUUUCUAAACCUUACGGUGGCCGAGUGUGGGCGCCUCAGCUGUGUACUGACUCCGCGUUGAAGGACUUUUCUCCCCUUAGUAAGAGCCGGCAGAAAUGAAGUCUUGAUCCGAUGAAGGGCACAGGACUCUGCAAGCGCCUGGCUGAGGCUGGGCGCAGUGACCCCACGACGACGACCGUGGCAUUCACGGAGUCCCUCCUCCCACACGGCACGGCUUGCUAACACGGUUCCCCCUCUGACACUGCGCCCCACGGUAUGGCUCUCGGGGAGGAGCCGUAGGCACAGAAGGCUCAGUGUACAUGUGAAUUAGGGGUGCGUGGGAUCAAUGUUGUAAGUAAGGAUAUUUCACACACUACCUCUCUUCUCUCUCUCUCUCUUUCUUUUUUUAACAGAGUUUUAACAUAGAACUUUUAUCUUGGGGAAGAAAAACUUCAGGGCUUGACUUUUGUACAAAUUUUAACUGUAAAACAGAUUUCUCUUCUAUCUGGAAAUGGAGAUCAGGGCUGACACUGAUUUUAAUUUAAAGGACAAUCGUGUUAGCAAUGAGGUCGGACGGAUGAAGCGAGUGGUCGGUCAGUAGACCUGCUGUGAGGCUGUGGGGUCCCGCCCUGUCCAGUCCGUCGCUCCAUUCACGCGAGGCAUCUUAGAACCCAGCGUCAGCAGGUUAGCGUGCAGUGCUAUUGUCCCAAACGUCGAGCCUCACUGUGAAUCCUCUUCUGUCCUAAGUCAACCUUGUCAACCAGAUGCUGGGCUGUUGUGAACCAUGAACUUUCUAAUUAAAUUUUACAUGCUAUAACAUGAUUUUUACAUGAAUGAUACUUUGUUUAAACUAUUAAAUGUCAGUAUUUUACUACAAUUUUAUUAUAAAAUGUACAUUAUCACUAAAUGAACUUUGAUUUUAAAAAUCAAGUUAGCUUUAGUUACAUAUUAUUUUUUACAAAUAAA